AUGGUCGCCUGCCGGUGCCCUGUGCUGCUUGUGGCCCUCACGGUGACCAUAAGCAUGCUGGAGAUGGGCUCACGUGGCCUGCAGCUGUAUGAAGAGGAACCCCCUUCCCCACACCCUCUCUCCCAACAAAUCUUGCACAGUGAGAAGCAACCCGAGCCUCACCCCAACGCUGGCACCUCUGCGGACCUCAGCCUUGUGAUAGACGGUAGUUGCGGAGAUCAGGCACCAAGCGACGCUCUCCACGACCCCGACCACAGGGAGGUGAAACCCGCCCACGCCUUGGAUGCUGCUAGCCGCGCUGGGAGGCUGCAGCGGACGGUGAAUCCUUGGGAGGCGGUGCUGCCGGGGAAACUGAACCAUGGGGGAAAGUCCCGGAAGAAGAGAGCAGCCCUGUACUGGCCCAGUGGCAGCGUUUUUAUCGCAGAGUUCUUUUUCGUCAUCCCCAUCGAGGCGCCCACGGGAGUCAGCAUUCCAUUCACUAUAGACGUCCCCUACGAGUUUACGCUGCCCAACAUUACAGCAGCGGAUUUCUUUAAACGAGAGAAUAUAGGCCGAGAUGACCGACUCAACUUGUACGGCGUGGUGGAGAGGCUCUUCCAAAGGUUCGGGCUGGACGGGCGGGCGUGUGUGCUGCGAGCGGUGUGCGAAAGAGCGAGCAGCAGUCUGGAGGGCGCCGGCAUGAUGGGAGAAGUCAUUACUACCAUUCUCACGGCGUCUCUAUCAAUCGCCUCUGAGGGCAUGUACGAGUACCUGGUGGCAGAGCACAACGGGAGGACACGAGGUGAUUGUUGGGCGCUGUAUCCGUCUUGCCCCAUCUCCCUCUUCAACUGGCUCGAGUGAACGCUGCCCCACAAGUCAUAGUUUCUUGGUUUUCACAUGGACAAGAAACUAUGCCUUGUGGGGUGCUCAUGCAAUUAUCUCAGGCCAUAGAUAAACUUGUUAUUCGAUUUUAUAUUUGUGAUCAGUUCUUUCUUUUAGGAUUAGUAUUUAGAAAGGAAUUAUCUUUAGUCUUGAGGAUAAGGGCAGUUACUUGCAUUUGAUGUAAUGUUCUUUUACCUUCCGUCCCUUGAUAUGUAGAAAUAUGUGUAAUGGUUAAUGUGAGAGGAAAAUGACUGUUCUAAUAUAAUCAAAAACGACUUGUAGUGUCUUCAACUCUCAAACGAUGAUUAGAUUAGUAAAUUGCAGAUUACUUGAUAUAUAUACUUUUAUCUAUAUAUUUAUGUGUGACAAUUAGGAACAUUUCUGUAAUGUUUGAUAUUUUACUGUUAUCCUUUCAUUUUUAUCAGUCUAAAGUUUCAUCUCAUUUGAGUAAAUCAUGUGAUCUUGCACUCAUAAUCUUUCAAUCACUUCACUGCCUACCACUGUCCCUAUGUCACCAAGCAGACUUGUCACCUCUACUAUGUUGCAUUUCAUUCCUCUAUUUUUAAUUACCACCACACUCACGCCUACUUUUAUUACUUUCAUCAUUCAUUCUUCGCACUAUAUAAGUGAAUACUGAGCAUUAAGGGGCUGAUAUCAACGUAUAUACUAAAAAUAUAUCAAACUGCUUAUAAUCUUUAUUAAAAGUCAAAUAUGCUUCUGUGGUCCUAUCCGUUGGGUUUUGCACUUUCUUUUUAUUUUAAAUCCUAUGAUAUUUCAAAAACUUUUUAGUCUCAGGAUAUUAAAGAUGUUAAUGAGCAAAUCAGAAGACUUGAAAAUGAAAGCGAGCGCAAAGUCGAAAAAGUCUGCAGUUUAACUUGCUUCUGACCACGACUGUACUUCAGCUUGCGCAGAUGUGACUGAAUGGAUUUUGCAGUGAUUAUUUUUGUAUAAUCCAUCACCGCAACACGUGGAGCAGCCUUUUUAUUUUUUUUUAUUUUAAGCUUAAGCAAUGAUAUAUCCUUCAUACUUCUCACGUACAUUGUUUGUCUUGUACUGCAAAUAAGUAUAUAACAAAUUGUCAGUCUGUUAGGUUGGCUAAAGUUUUCAGUAAACUAAUUCUACUAC